AUGAAAAGAAACCUAAGAAGUCUACUUUUUGUAAAUAACCCGCUAGUUCUCAACGGUCAACUCUUGAUCGGGAGUUGCUAUGCUCGUGUUUUGGGUCGUCUUGCUCAAGAUGCUUUAACGUCAAUGAAGGAAACCGUUAAGAAAGUUCGCGAUAGUGUGAAGUAUGUGGUGACGGUCGAAAGUCACCAAGAAAGAUUCAAUGAUCUGAAACAACAGCUUCAGGUUCCGAGUACGAAAAGCCUCAAUCUUGACAACCAAACUGAAUGGAACACCACAUAUCACAUGUUGGUAGCGGCAUCCGAAUUAAAAGAGGUAUUUUCUUGCUUAGAUGCUUUCGAUCCAAAUUAUAGAGAAACCCUAUCAAUGGAAGAAUGGAAAGAAGUCGAAAUUCUAUGUAUUUUCUUGAAACUCUUAUUCGAUGCCGCUAAUCUUUUGGUGGGCCCUACAUAUCCGACCACCAAUGUGUUUUUCGACGACGUGUGGAACAUCCAGCUCGAGCUCACACACGCAGCAAUGAGUGAAGAUGUGUUUAUUAGCAAUUUGACGAAGCCAAUGUAUGAAAGAUUCGAUAAAUACUGGAAAGAUUGCUCGUUGGUUCUUGCCAUUGCGGUCGUCAUGGAUCCACGAUUCAAGAUGAAGCUCGUGGAGUUCAGUUUUUCAAGAAUCUACGGUGACGAUGGGGAGAACCAGAUGAAACUGGUGCAAGAUGGUGUUCAAGAACUCUUUCUUGAUUACGUCGUACAAAUGCUUCCUCCACCGACCUUUGUUGUUAAUGGGAACGGAAUGAAAUCAGAUGACGACAUCCUUCUUUCAACAAGUGAUGAUCUCUCUGAUUUCGAUGUUUAUAUCUCCGAGAGCACAAGUGAUCAGAAUACAAAAUCGGAAUUAGAUCAGUAUUUGGAAGAAUCUGUAUUGCCACGGACGCAAGAUUUUGACGUUUUGGGGUGGUGGAAACUGAACAGACAAAGGUACCCGACUCUUGCGAAAAUGGCGAUCGAUAUCUUGUGUAUUCCGGUUUCUACGGUUUCUCGAGAAUCGGUGUUUGAUACGAGGUGUAAGAAAAUGGAUAGAUAUCGAUGUUCUCUAAAUCCAUCAACUCUUGAAGCACUUGUUUGUGCAAAGGAUUGGCUGCAGCAGGGAUGUUCUGAAUAUUCACCUCCAAUUUCUUCAAAUUCAUUAGUGAAUAUGGAGUCAUAG